GCAACGUAGCCGGAAGCUGGUGGCGACGGGGUGGGCGGCCGGCGCGCGUCCUCGGAGCAGCUUGCGGCGCGCCCGAGCCCGGUCGACCCCCGUCGACCCCCGUCGACCCCGGCGCGCACGACCGAGCCCGGACCCCGCCCGCACCAUGGCCAGCCCAAGAACCAGGAAAGUUCUCAAAGAAGUCAGAGUGCAGGAUGAAAACAAUGUGUGUUUUGAGUGUGGAGCAUUCAACCCUCAGUGGGUGAGUGUGACCUAUGGCAUCUGGAUCUGCCUGGAGUGCUCAGGGAAACACCGUGGGCUCGGGGUGCACCUCAGCUUCGUGCGCUCUGUCACCAUGGACAAGUGGAAGGAUGUGGAGCUCGAGAAGAUGAAAGUUGGCGGGAAUGCUAAGUUCCGAGAGUUCCUGGAGUCGCAGGAGGACUAUGAGCCGUGCUGGUCCCUGCAGGAGAAGUACAGCAGCAGGGCCGCGGCCCUCUUCCGGGACAAGGUGGCCACCCUGGCUGAAGGCAGAGAAUGGUCUCUAGAGUCCUCGCCUGCCCAGAACUGGACCCCCCCCCAGCCUAAGGCGCUGGCGUCCACUGCCCACCGAGCCUCUGGCCACCCACAGACCUCGACUGGCUCCUCAGACAAGGCGUUUGAAGACUGGCUGAAUGGCGACCUUGGCUCCUAUCAGGGGGCCCAGGAGAACCGCUACGUCGGGUUUGGGAACACGGUGCCGCCUCCGAAGAGGGAAGACGACUUCCUCAGCAGCGCUGUGUCGUCCCUGUGCUCGGGCUGGAGCAGUUUCACCACUGGAGCCAGCAAGUUUGCCUCGGCUGCCAAGGAGGGUGCAACGAAAUUUGGAUCGCAGGCAAGUCAGAAGUUCUGGGGCUCCAAGCAGCAGUCAGAGCCGGCCUCGGAGCUGGGCCACAGUCUGAAUGAGAACGUCCUCAAACCCGCCCAGGAGAAGGUGAAGGAGGGAAAGAUUUUUGAUGAUGUAUCCAGUGGGGUCUCUCAGUUGGCAUCCAAGGUCCAGGGCGCUGGCAGUAGGGGCUGGCGGGACGUCACCACCUUUUUCUCUGGGAGAGCAGAGGAGCCCUCGGACAGGCCCCCGGAGGGCCAGAGCUACCGGAGCAGCGGCGGGGACAACCCCCAGAACACUGUCGACCAGAGCUUCUGGGAGACUUUCGGGAGCGCCGACCCUGCCAGGGGCCACAGGUCCCCGAGCAGCGACAGCUGGACGUGCGCGGACGCCUCGGCCGAGAAGAGGAGCUCGGACAGCUGGGACGUGUGGGGCUCGGGCUCCGCGUCUACUAACAGGAACAGCGACAACAGCGACCUCGGGGAGGCCUGGGGGGGCAGCGGGGAGGGCAGAGCCAAGGCCAGGAAGGCGGCGGCGCCGGCGGCGCCCGUGGACGAGGGCUGGGGCGACCAGGGCUGGUAGGCCGCGCUGCGCCCCGGCCCCCGCGGCCGCGUGGCCCUCCCGUCCUCACGUUCCUUCCGUUCGACCCAGGAGGCCGGCUGUGGCACGAAGAUGGCUCCUCGCGUGGGAGCCGCGGGCGGUGCCGCCCGCUCCCUUGGGCUCUGGCCCUCCUGUGGUGGCCGGGCGGCGAGGAGGGCAGGGUCCCCGCUCCCGCAGCAGGCAGGCGGCGCCAUCGCUCCCGUAGCGCCCUCUCUAAUAAACCCGAGUGGCCACUCCGCA